GAACCUAAGGUCAUAACAUCUCACCAAUUCUUAAUUUCCUCUCUGACAGAAUAUAUCUCAAUACUCAGCCCCUCCCCUCUGCCCACUUGACACCGUACUACCUCUCCCAUUCUCCUUAUAAUGUCCCAGCCAAGCAAGCCCAUCCGCGUGGCCCUAAUCGGCCUCUCCUCGACCCCGGCCGACCAGUACGAAGGCACCAACUGGGCCGCAAGCGCCCACCUCCCCUACCUUCUCAAAUCACCCCAUUUCGAGAUCGCCGCAUUGCUUAACAGUUCCGUUGAGUCUGCACAGAGGAGUAUUGAGAAGCAUGGGUUGCCAGGGAGUGUGAAGGCUUAUGGAAGGCCUGAAGAUGUCGCGGCCGAUCCUUCAAUCUCACUCGUAGUCUGUAACACACGAGUAGACCGGCAUUUCAGCACGGUGAAACCCAGUAUUAUAGCUGGAAAGGAUGUUUUCGUGGAAUGGCCGCUUGAGAAGAACCUAGAGAUUGCGAAGGAAAUGAGUGAGUUGGCGAAGAAGCAUGGAGGCAGGACGAUUGUCGGGUUGCAAGGUAGGUAUUCGGAGCCGGUGGUGAAGGUUAGGGAGUUGGUUUGGGGGAAGGGUGGCGGCGUUGGAGAGGUUGGUGGAGGGAGGGUUGGGAAGGUGUUGGGGAGUACGUUGUUUGCGGCAUUGGGGAAUUCCGGACGUACCGAAAGGAAAAAUGUACGGUACUUCCUGGACAGAGAAGUCGGUGGCAAUACUCUAAGUAUCCAUUUCUGGCAUGCAAUGGAAUGCGUAGUCUCCGUCCUGGGCGAAUUCAAGACCCACACAUCGUACUUAAUGAAUCAACACCCCACAAAAGACAUAGUCUCAUCAGCUUCUUCGAUCAGCACCCCCGACAGCACCAUUGUCCAAGCCUCCGCCCCCAAUACAGUCCCCGACCAACACCUCUUCCAAGGAAUCACAGAGCACAACGUCCCAUUCAGCAUGCAUCGACGUGGCGGUGCUCCAUUCCCAGGCACAGCAGCUGUGGAGUGGCGAAUUCAGGGCGAGAAAGGUGAAAUCAGGGUGACCAGUGAGGAUUAUUUCAUCCAUAUGGGGCAUCCGAGGCCGGUUACGAGGAUCGAAUUGUUUGUUGAGGGGGAAGGCGUUUGUGAGGUUUUUUGGGGAAAGGAGAAUGAGGAUGAUGAUGGAGGGGAUGAGGUGGGUAAGAUGGAUUUACCGGUAAUUGCUAGGGGAAUUGCGAGGUUGUAUGAGGGGUAUAGAAAGAGGGAAUGGGUGCCGGAUUUCGAGUUGGCGGUGAAGAGGCAUGAGGUAGUGGAGGAGAUGUGGAGGAAGUAUGACGAGGAUGUGAAGCAAGGCUUGACUAUUUGACGACAUCAAAUUGCCAUCUGAUUUUUGAUUUAGAUAGAGGUGAGUAAGAAAUCUCGGUAGAAAAACUCCUGGUCUGCACUAAUGAUUCCUUUUUUU